CCCGGAUUGAACACGUCACCGCGGUGUUUGUGAGCGGAGAUGGCUUCAGUGAGGAGCAAACAGAGCGAGGUUGUGAUGGCAGCUGAUGGAGGAGCUGAUGAUGGAGGACAGGAGCAGGACUUUCUGGAGGAAGAUCUGAAAUCAUGGCGGGAUGUUUGCAGGCUGCUGGAGGAGGUCCGACAGGAAAGCAGAGCUCUGGAGGAGCAGGUUCUGAGUGGCAGCAGCUCUGGACCUCCUAAAGUUUCAGCGGCUCUCUCCGCUGCAGAGGAGGUCCGCAGCUCCCUGGAGGAGCUGCUGCAGCGCGAGCAGCGGGUCUCCGAGCAGCUGCAGCAGCACCUGCAGGGCUCUGAUCGGUGGAUGGAUGAUUUCGGACAGACGUGCGACCAUGUGGACUUCAUAGAGAGGUCCAUGAAAUACCUGAAGUGCCUUCAGCACAUCGAGGAAGUGAGCGCUGCCGUCCAGCAGUCUCUGAUGAUCAACAGCGUGUGGGACGCCAUAAAGGGAGUGGAGAGCAUGGCGGCUCUGGACUGCAGGCUGAACAGCUCCCAGUGUUCCCAUCUGCGACACUUCCUGAGGAAAACUCUGUGCUUCUGGCACAAUAUCAUCAAGGACCGCCUGAGCAGUGAUUUUGAGAAAGUGUUGACUCAACUUCAGUGGCCCAUCAUCACACCCAGCCAGCCAGUGACCCCCCCUGCUAACUCCCUGGAUCUGGGCGGCCAGUUGGAGGGGCUGCUGCUGCAGCUGCUCGCUCUGCAGACCUCCGACGACCUCGUAUCCCAGAGCGCCUCCACCCAGACUCCACCCUCUGCUCCUUCAGGGGCGCCGCCCCUCUGCCUGCCCGUUCAGAUCAUGCUGCAGCCGCUCGCCAAGAGGUUCCGGUACCAUUUCUACGGGAACCGCCAAACCAACUCCAUACACAAGCCGGAGUGGUACCUGACUCAGGUCCUGAAGUGGAUGGAGAGCAGCUCCGCCUUCAUGGAGGAGAAGAUUCAGCCCGUCUUUGACCGAGCUGGGAAAACCAUCAGUGCUAAAGUGGAGCUCUGUCGAGGCCUGGUGCAUCUGGUCCAGGAGAAGGUGGCCAGCGAUGCGGCUCGGAUGCUGUAUGACGACGGACUCUUCUGCCACCUGGUGGAAGAGGUGCUCCAGUUUGAGAAAGACCUGAGAGGCCGUCACUCGUACCCCGCCGCGCUGCCUGGCCUGCUGCACAUCCUGCUGGAGGACGCCUUCCUGCAGAAGUGGCUCGCUGUGGAACGGAAGAUGGCGGUGGAGAAGAUGGACGCCAUGCUGUCGGCCGAGGGGGCGUGGACGUCCCAGUAUAAAGACAUCAGUGAUAUGGAUGAGCUGAAGGCGCCCGAGUGUGCGGAGACGUUCAUGACUCUCCUUCAGGUGAUCACAGAACGCUACCGGGCCUUGUCCAGUCCUUCAGCACAGCUCCGGUUCUUUGGGCUACAGAAGGAGUUGGUUGACGACUUCCGCAUACGACUAACUCAGGUGAUGAAGGAAGAGUCCCGCUGCCCUCUGGGGCUCCGCUACUGCGCCAUCCUCAAUGCCGUCAACUACAUCUCCACCAUUCUGAGGGACUGGGGAGACAAUGUGUUCUUCCUCCAGCUGCAGCAGGCGGCCAUUUCUCUGGGGGAGCAGGAGGUCCUGGGCAGCCUGGAAAUGACAGAAGUCGGCCGCCUGGCUUCCAUGGAGGGCUCUCUGUUCGAUGGGCUGCUGUCCCUGCUGGACCGCCUGAAGGGGGACAUGCUGGGACGCCUGCUGCACUUCCUGAUGAGGGAGACCUCUGAGAAGGCUCAGCCGUACUGCCAGGAGAGAUGGCUGUCCAUCCCAGCUCCACAGGACCAGUCCACCAUGUCCCUGUCCAGCUCCGCCUGCCCCAUGAUGCUGUGUGUGAGGGACAGACUGCUGAACCUCCAUCAGGUCUUGAGUCUCUCUCUCUUCCAGCUGGCUUGGCAGGGAUUGGCUGAAAAACUGGACGCCUUCAUCUACCAGGAGGUCAUUCUAGCCAAUCACUUCAGCGAUGGGGGGGCGGCCCAGCUCCAGUUCGACAUGACCAGGAACCUGUUCCCUCUGUUUGGACAUUACUGCCGGAGACCCGAGAACUUCUUUAAGCACGUGAAGGAGGCCUGCAUCAUCCUGUGUCUCCGGGUGGGCCCUGCCAUCCUGCUGAAGGAGCACCUCAAACAGGCCGGGCAGGAGGAGAACGCUGGUUCAGCGGAGUCUCCUCUAAGGGAGUUUGGGGUUUUCUGCUUGUCGCCGUCCGACGUGUCGAUUCUUCUCAACCUCAAAGCUUCGCUGCCUGGAAUGUGAGGCGUCUGUGGAUGGGGGGUCAGAUUUCCCCCGAUGGCUGAUCAAAGCGCUGCUAGCAUCAGCAGAACUAGAGUUAAUAAAUCCAGAUAAGCCUGGUG